GUACAAGAGACAAAUGAGUAAACUUACGAUGCUAAACAAUACCGACAUCCUGUCCAGCAUGCCACCGCUCGGUGGAAAGGACCCACCCCAACACCGGGAAGUGGUCGCCCGCUGGCGCGUUCCGAUGUACGGCAAAGUGUACGAGAUCGAGUUCGAGCACGGCACCGCGAGCGGGAAGCGUGUACUUUGGAUCGACAAGCAGGAAAUAUUCCGGCGCGACUGGAUGUUCAAGCUGGUCGGGGAGGAUAUGUUUAAGCUGGAGGAUAAACGCUGCAUCAUACGGGUCGAUCCGUUGCCCGGCUUUCGGUACAGCUACUCCCUGUUCGUGGACGGCAAAUCGUACGAACAGUUUACGGAAAGUCAGGCAAAAGCGCUCAAAACGUGGGAAGCGAAGCUGGGCGAUAAUUUCUACCGGAUUGUGCUGGAAAAGAAUACCUUAAACAUAUAUGUUAACGGAAAGCUUAUUGAAGAGAAUGGCGAGUUCGUCGACGGUGGCACCGACACAACGUUCAUUGAGGAUGGCAACACGUUCGUGCUGAGCGCCCGUACGAGCGGCAACAAGCGGGAAGGUAUCAUCCACCGGUUGACCGUCAACGGUACGGAUGUUUUCGAUUCCGGAACGAUGAUCUAA